CAUCCGGGUGAAGGUUAAUCAGUCAAAGAAAGAUGGCUGCCCCCUUGGAGUUGUACUGCUGGAAAGGUGAUUGGGGCUUACCCUCUGUUGAUACAGACUGUCUAACCGUUCUGGCCUAUGCCAAGUUUGCUGGUGCUCCACUCAAAGUCCACAAGAUCACCAACCCCUGGAGAAGCCCCACAGGUACGUUGCCGUCACUGAAGACCACGGAGGAAAGUAAUGGUAGUCUUUCCAAACCCAGUAAUAUCAUCAUUCACCUUAGAAAACAGAAAUACAACGCUGACUAUGACCUCUCAGCCAAGGAAGGGGCAGACACUCUGGCCUUUGUGUCACUACUGGAGGAGAAACUGCUGCCCGCAUUGAUCUACACCCAUUGGGUGGACUCAAAAAACUAUGUGGACGUGACGCGGCGCUGGUACGCCGAGAAUAUCCCCUUCCCACUCAACUUCCUGCUGCCCAACCGCAUUCACAACCAGCAACUGGAGAGGCUGAGGCUGGUGAGGGGGGACUCUACACUGGAGCCCGGGGAGCAGCUGGAGAAGGAGGUGAGGCUCUACCAUGAUGCGUUGGAGUGCAUGACCCUGCUCUCGCAACGCCUGGGCUCACACAAGUUCUUCUUUGGGGAUUCCCCAUCCUCUUUGGAUGCCUAUGUGUUCGGUCACCUAGCCCCCCUGCUGAAGGUGAAGCUGCCCAAUGGGAAACUCCAGCAACACCUCAACUCCCUGGACAACCUGCGGCACUACUGCACCAACAUCCUCGUCCUCUAUUUCCCCUCAGAGGGCGGAGAGCCACCCAUUCGCAAGGUGUCAGUCCAUUCGGACGGUAGUGACUUUGACAGCGAGCCCCAUAAACGACGCAAGCAAAUCCUAUCGGUACUGUUCGCCAUGGGUUCGAUGCUGGGCUACGCCAUUUUGAUGGGGAUCGUCAGCAUCCAGCACAUCCGACCGCAGGCAGCGCUAGUGGGACCCCGUCACAUCGAAGAGGGAGGCGAGGAGGAGGAGGAGGAAGAGAAAUGAGCAGUACAGGCUCGGUGUAGGACCAGGUAGAAGGAGGCGUUGUGAGGGGAAAAUGGACGUUCUCUGACUUAUUCCGUGCACUGCAUAUUGACGGACAAUAGGGGAACAGGAAUUACGUUCCUUAAAAAUCUAAAUCUCCCACAAUGCACGAUAAUCCUCUCAGUACAGACCACUUCUUGGCAUCCACAAACAUGCCUAGUUAUACGGUCUCUUUUUUUGGUGCUUGAUUUUUGUUUUCUCGACAUCCCAGGAAGGCAUACCUUUUCUUGUCUCAGAAUCUUCAAGAACGCUUUCAUAUAAUUCAAGAAUGGUUGCCUUUCCUUUUUUCAGGUUUCUUUCUUUCAGGUUGGGGGUGGGGGGUGUUGAGCCACUUUCUGAAAUGUUUUGUCAGAUUUCACUUGCACAAACAGAAUUUUGACUUGAUUUCAGGUCAUUAAAAGUAAAAAUGCUGAA